ACCUGACAAAGCGUGGAUCCUGCUGAAAAACUCCAAGUAGAACAGAAGCUGGGAGCACACACCCGAGAAGAUAUAUUAAGAAAGCAGGUUUGAUACUUAACUCGGAGGAAAGAAGCUGGAGCAGACUUCUUCGGUUGCUCUCUAAGAGCCUUGCCCAGAGUCCUUACAAAGGAAAGUGUUGCUGAUUCAAAAGAAGAGGAGGGAUGGGGAAGAAAAAAAAUAGUGCCUGUCCGUGUGAGAGGGAGACAACGUGUGUGUGCGUACGUGUGAAUGCGUGCUUGUGCGUGACAGGGUGUAGUCGACGAGUGGGGGCAGCUCGAUACGAUGUUUUUUUCUACGAAAGACACGUGAAUGCAAUUCCCAGAGAAGGACACCAAGCUCUGCCCAAGAGCAGAAGGGCCCGACUGCUUUCUCAGAAGGGGAGGACUCACAGCCCGACAGCCUUUUAGUUUAACCUGAAGAGUGUGUGCCGCGCCGCCUCUCUCUGCCCAUCCCAAGAGCUUGCUGGAGGAAAGGGGAGAAAGACGAAGACUUGAAAGUGCCCGAGGAGCUCCCGAUGCUAAGAGGCGACAAACAUUCCCCGUGGACGACGCAGAAAGGACAAAGCUGACUGAUUUACUGCUGUUUCCCGUAAUUUUUUCUCCCUACCCUUUGGCGCACACCAGUGUUUGGAGGUCUUUGAAAAAACACCGAACAAAACAUCAAGCCCGAAGCCCCAACCCCUUGGCUAGCUCUUAUGGGAAUGAAACACUCCUCCCGCUGCCUGCUCCUGAGGAGGAAAAUGGCGGAGAACGCUGCCGACAGCACCGAGGUUUGCCCCAUCCCAUCCCAGCCUCCUCAGCCUACUGUUGUUCCAAAGCCAGUUCAAUCAGUCAUACAUGUCCCAUUGCAACCAAGCUGCCCAGGCAGAGGCAAGAUGGCAAAGCUCAUCAAUCCAGAAGAGAUGACAUCCAGGGAUUAUUACUUUGAUUCCUAUGCUCACUUUGGAAUUCAUGAGGAAAUGUUAAAGGACGAAGUGCGCACAUUAACCUAUAGAAACUCAAUGUAUCACAAUAAGCAUGUUUUUAAAGAUAAGAUUGUCCUUGAUGUUGGAAGUGGCACGGGUAUCCUCUCCAUGUUUGCUGCAAAGGCAGGAGCCAAGAAGGUAUAUGGGAUUGAAUGCUCAAGUAUAUCUGACUACUCAGAAAAAAUUAUCAAGGCCAACCACUUGGACAACAUAAUCACAAUAUUUAAAGGUAAAGUGGAAGAAGUUGAAUUACCUGUGGAUAAAGUAGACAUCAUCAUCAGCGAGUGGAUGGGUUACUGUCUGUUCUAUGAGUCAAUGUUAAACACAGUCAUCUUCGCACGAGACAAGUGGCUGAAACCUGGAGGGCUAAUGUUUCCAGACCGAGCUGCUUUGUACGUGGUAGCAAUUGAAGACAGACAGUACAAGGACUUCAAAAUACACUGGUGGGAGAAUGUGUACGGCUUUGACAUGACCUGUAUUAGGGAUGUUGCCAUGAAGGAACCUUUGGUGGACAUAGUAGAUCCAAAGCAAGUGGUGACCAAUGCCUGUUUAAUAAAGGAAGUAGAUAUUUAUACAGUGAAGACUGAAGAAUUGGCAUUUACUUCUGCAUUCUGCCUCCAAAUUCAGCGUAAUGAUUACAUUCAUGCCUUGGUCACCUAUUUUAAUAUCGAAUUUACAAAGUGCCACAAGAAGAUGGGAUUUUCUACAGCACCUGAUGCUCCCUAUACUCACUGGAAGCAAACUGUCUUCUACUUAGAGGACUAUUUAACUGUGAGACGAGGAGAAGAAAUCUAUGGGACUAUAUCCAUGAAACCAAAUGCAAAAAAUGUGCGUGACCUGGAUUUCACAGUAGACUUGGAUUUUAAAGGACAGCUAUGUGAAAUGUCAGUAUCUAAUGACUACAAAAUGCGCUAGCAAGAAACCUGUCAGAUGAAAUGGAGAAUUUUAUCAAGUCUUGAACUGCUGAACUUCAAGCUAGGAACUACUGUUCACAAGAUUAUUGUAUUAAAUACUAGAAUGUUUACUCUGAUGGAAAGUGGUAACCUGAUCCUUCUUGCAGAUAGUAUAGGGGGCUGGUAUCCCACUGUGAAUGUACAGUAUACAGAACUGUAGCUUUUGUCAAACAUAUAGGAAAAAUAAGCAAGAGUCUUGAAUGUUCUGGUUAACUUUAGGAUGGCAGAAGAUGCAUAUACAAAUUGUACUACUUACUGUGAAUUUCUGGUUCUUCCAAGCUUUGCAUGUUAAAGAAGAUUAGGGCAGUUUUCUCACUAUGAAAGACCACUACUGCACAUUACUGUGAUAGUAUUACUGGACUUAUAUUCAAUAUAAAUGAAUAUAUAUAUUGUACAUGAGAAAAAAAAUGUCAUUUCACAAUAGGAAUUUGUUUUGUGAUUAUUUAAUUCUCAUUAUGCAAUUAUGGAAAGAUAAUGAUGUUACCUCUGGCACUACUCUAGGCAGUGAUAUAUUCCAUUAACUGUCCAAAGUUACAGCUUUGGUAAAUAUUCCAUGCAAAGUGUAGAUAAGAGCUGGGUAUUUACAGAAAGUUCAACAACUAUCUUUUUGAAUGUCCUCUGGAAAAUGUGGACCAUUAGUUUUAAAAUUCACCUUCACAACUGGAUGUCUGUCAGAGCUUUAAAAAACAUUAGCUUUUUAUCCUUGAAAAUAUUCUGUGGUGAGUUUUUAUAGCUGGAUUUUGCAUGAGACCUUCUGAAAUCAGACACCUAGUAUUUAAAUGUAAUGAAUGCAAAGUCUCUGAAAUGGUGGGUAAUUCAUGUUUCUUGGCCAUGCCAUAUUUCAGUUCUUUGCAAGAUUCUUAAUACAAAAUCAUUUUUUAAAAAAUAAGAAUUAAGUGUUUCCUUUUGGUGAUGUUUUAGAUAAGCUAUAAAUUGCAAAUACUAUUCUCAAGAGUGCAGUGAUUUGCAGGAACAAGCUAAUGUCUUUAAAAAGAUGUCUGUGGCUUCUGAUAUUACUAAGAUGUCUGUAGCUUCCCCAUCCCCUUACACCCAUUGUUUUUCUUACAAUAUCUCCUGCUUAUAGUUAAAAUAUUAACUGCUUAUAAUUCUUCAUACGUAUGUAUCAAGUCUUUUUACUAUAUGAAUACUGACCAUUUAACCACAUGUAAUUCGUCAAAAACUGCAUCAUCGGUCCUAUCUACCCAUAUUCCAGUCUGUCUGGCAUUAGGCACUAAAUCAUGUUCCAUCAUGGAUGAGAUUGACUAGGUUUUUUGCCUAAAAAACUUUUUAAUCACCUGCAAAUAAAGCAUACUUGAAGAUGUAUUUUGCCAGUAUUUGUCAACUUUUCACUUUUUAGAAACCUAUUUCUAUUGGUUUUCCCUUCACAAAAAACUGUACAGUGCCUCCAUUUUCUUAUGGUCUAAAGAUUAUGGUCUAGGGAUUGUAUCACAUGGUAUCUAUGUAGAAUGAAAUUAAACUGUAAUUCAGCAGUAAA